UCCAGGCGAUCUGCAGUGAGGCGAGCAGUCUGGUUCAGGGCAGUGGAGGGGGAGGGUGUAUGUGUCGUGGAUCCCGCGUGAUGUUUGUGUCAGUGGACUUUCGCCACGCCCUUGUCGCUUUGCCAGGAGCCAGUGCCGUGGUGCUUCGUGGCCUCGCUUCACAAUAGUUCCUCGUGCGUUACCCGAAGGAAUAAUCCAUGUCCGUAGCGCGGUUGUGGUGUUGGUGUUGGUAGUGGUGGUGGUGGUGCAAGCAUGAGGUGGGAGUGGUUACUGUUGCUGGUGGGGAUGGUGGUGGUGCCUGCGGGGGCGUUCGUGGCGGUGGUGCCCGACACUUCAGCCGUCGGGGACAUCGUGUUCCACGCGGGCAUGGACGGACCCACCCACUAUAAGCUGGACUCGCGGCGGACUGCUUCCUACGUCCACAAACUGUUCCACGUGGAUCGGCGGACAGGCGCCAUCACCAGCAAGCGUACGCUGGACUGCUCGGGCACCUUCUACACCAACCCCGUCACGCUGUGGCUGGAAGCGUGGUCUGACCGGCCUGGUGCGCCGCUGGACUACGCCACCGUGCCCCUGCGUCUGGUGCUAGCAGGGGACGCUUGCCUCCACCACUCCGCUGUGCUGGAGCGGGAGGUCACGUCCUGGAUAGACACAGCAGCAUUUUCUCUGCCCCUGCCUGACCCCGACCCCUCUGACCCCAACACGCUGUGUCUGCGCCGCUCGCAGGUCAUCCUCAGGGUGCCUGAUCUGCUGCCGCGUUCCCUCCACACCUGCAGGCUGGACUUCACCUCCGUGUCCGACCACCGCGUCACCAUCGAGCCCACGGGCGGCGACCUGGUGAGCCUGCUGGACACGUGCCUCUCGGGGGUCACCAGGAUCAAGGUGGGCGUCAGGAUGACCUGUCCCGAGCUCAGGUCGCCCUUUGACCAUGACCUGAUGCUGGUGUUGCACAACGCCGUGGACGCGGGCGAUGAGGGCCACAUCCGACGCAUCAGGCGACAGAUGCAGACCGCGGCGCCGUAUUUCGAGCGCACCCUGGAGAUGGCACACGUGAUGGAGGAAUCAGAGAAGGGCACCGCGGUGACGACGGUGACGGCGACGGAUCCUGAGAGCGCACCCCUCACGUACUCCAUUGAGGCGGUGCUGGACGCUCGCUCGCAGCGAAUGUUCGCGGUGGACCCCGCCAGCGGCCUCAUCACCACCAACACGAAGCUGGACCGUGAGCUGGUGGACGUGCACUACUUUCGCGUGAAGGCUGUGGACAAGACCUCGUCGCCGCCGCGCUCCGCGACCACCACCCUGCAGAUUAUCGUUGACGACGCCAACGACCACGCGCCAGUUUUUGAGCGCGAAGAGUACGACACGGCGGUGCGGGAGUCCAUCAGCGUGGGCUCCACCGUGCUCACCGUGAGGGCCACGGACGAGGACUCGGGGCCCAACGCCGACCUGCGCUACACCAUCCUCAAUCCCACCGGCGCCAACGAGGUGUUUCGCAUUGACCCGAAGUCCGGCGAGCUGUCCACCCGCCUGCCGCUGGACCGCGAGGAGCACGCCCUCUACACCCUCACCGUGCAGGCCGAGGACGAGGGCGCCGCGCAGCACCGCCUCACGGCCACCACCCACGUCACCGUCACCGUCCUCGACGAGAACGACAACUACCCGCAGUUCACUGAGCGCACGUAUACAGUGGAGGUGCCCGAGGACAUCAGCGCCGCGGCUUCGCCGGUCAUCGCGCACAUCCAGGCCAGCGACGAGGACGGCGGCAAGAACGGCCAGGUGCGCUACGCCAUCAUCGGCGGAAACACGGCUGGACACUUCACCAUAGAUGGCCUGACGGGCGAGGUUCGCGUUGCGUCGCCGCUGGACCAUGAAACAAAUCGGCAGUAUCGCCUGGUGGUGCGCGCCCAGGACGGGGGAUCGCCGCCCCGCUCCAACACCACUCAACUCCUCGUCAGCGUGAGGGACGUGAACGACAACUCCCCGCGCUUUUACACGCCCCUCUUCCAGGAGACCGUGCAGGAGAACGUGCAUAUCGGUUAUUCCAUCGUACGCGUGCAGGCCUUCGACAACGACGCGAGGGACAACGCCCUGCUGACCUACAGCAUCGAGGGCGGCGGCGAGAACCUGCCCGUGGAAGUGGAGAAGGCGGCGGGCUGGGUGGUGACGCGGCGCGAGCUGGACCGCGAGGAAAACCACCUAUACACGUUCACGGUGGUGGCGCGGGACCACGGGGACCCACCACAGUCUGCCUCUGCCACGGUGGUCCUGCAGGUCCAGGACCAGAACGACAAUGACCCGGUCUUCGAGUCCAAGAACUACAACGUGUGUGUGAGCGAGAGUGACUCGCCUGGUAUGCCUGUGAUCAAGGUCACGGCCACGGACAAGGACGAGAACCCCCGCCUGCACUACGCCAUCACGUCUGGCAAUGAGCGGGGUCGCUUCUCCAUCACUGCGCAGAGUGGCAGAGGCCUGAUCUCCCUCGCGCAGCCCCUCGACUACAAGCAGGAGCGGAAAUACAUCUUGACGGUGACCGCCACGGACGCCGGCGGCCGCUACGACACCGCUAACGUGUACGUCAACGUGAGCGACGCCAACACCUUCCCGCCGCAGUUUGACAACACCCCGUACUCCGCCACCGUGUUCGAGGACGCGCCGGAGGGCAGCACCGUCAUCAUGGUGGCGGCCUCGGACGGCGACACGGGCGAAAACGCCCGCAUCACCUACUCUUUGAGCGGCGACACUGUGCCAGAGUUCGUCAUCCACCCCAGCACGGGCGCCAUCACCACCAGCAAGCCGCUGGACCGUGAGGUGCAGGGCGGCUACCUCCUCACCGUGACGGCGCGUGACAACGGCAACCCGCCGCUGUCAGACACCACGGACGUGGAGAUCACGGUGGUGGACGUAAACGACAACCCACCAGUGUUCAGCGAGUCCUCCUACCGCGCCUCGGUGUCCGAGGACGCCGGUGUGGGCGCCUCCAUCGUCCAAGUGAAGGCCAACGACGCCGACGCGGGACUCAACGGCAGGGUGAAGUAUUCCUUCGAGGGCGGCAACGACGGCAAGGGCGCCUUCUCCAUCGACGAGACCUCCGGCGUGGUGAGGACCGCCCGCGUGCUGGACCGCGAGACCGAGCAGCAGUACUCGCUGGUGGCCGUGGCGCUGGACCACGGCGCCCCCGAACAGUCCUCUACCGUGACAGUGACGGUGGACGUGCUGGACAUCAACGACAACCCGCCCAUGUUCGACACGGACCACAUCCAGCUAUACAUUGCAGAGAACAUGCCGGUGGGCUCCACGGUGGGCGAGGUGCGAGCCAGGGACCCGGAUGCGGGCUCCAACGCCCACAUCCAGUACCGCAUCAACGGAGGCCCCGACGCCAAGAACUUCAUCAUGGUGGCCCACCCCAACGAGGGGCGCGCCGAGCUGGUGACCCGCAUCGACCUGGACUAUGAGUCGCCCAAGAAGAAAUACCAGCUGAACGUGCAGGCCACCUCGGACCCGUUGCGCUCAGACAUCCCCGUCACCGUGCACGUGGUCGACACCAACGACAACGCGCCGGUGCUCUCUGACUUCCGCAUCAUCUUUAACAACUUCAAGAACCACUUUCCCACCGCGCCCAUCGGCCGCGUCCCCGCCGUGGACGCCGACGUGACGGACCAGCUUACGUACCACAUCGUGAGCGGCAACAAGGCGGGGCUGGUGGAGAUCAACAAAGACUCGGGCGACAUCACCCUUUCGCCUUCCCUCAACACCAACGUGCCCAUCCACGCCACCAUGGAAGUCUCCGUAUCAGGUAAGAGUCUCACCUGUCAUUUAUCGUUAAACACACCUACUGCCUGUGUGGGUGUAGGUGUGAGCAGUAAUCAACUUUCAGGCGUGUCAUUGGGACUGUAUUGCUUCUGUGAGUGUAUCAGGUAAGAUUCACACACCUGC